UCUUUUGACAUAAGACCCAUUUUGCAACCUGGAACCGGUUUCUUCACCCAGGUCCACUUUUUUUCACUACAGCAACCACAGCCAGCUAAAACCAUAAGCAAAAAGCGAAAACCCAGUUUGAUUCAAACAAGUCUCCGCUGUGUGAUUUGUCAAUUGAGAAAUGGGGUCUUCUGAACGUUUAAGAUCUUCGCUAAUGGUGUAUAGGAAUCUACUAAAAGCAGUGAAAAAGCAUAUAGGGAAGGAAGAACACAAGGUUCAUUUCACUGGCUUCAUCAGGGAAGAGUUCAAGAAGAACAACAAUCUUGAAUGCCCAAAAGACCCCUCUUUUAUUCAGCAGAGGAUUAAUCUUGCUCAAAAUUAUACUUACCUUCUCAACAGUGUCCACCAUCAUAAGGACUUGUUAUUUUCUUACAACAUUGCAGUAGAUAGAUCCGAUGAGAUGACAAAAGUGCUGGGCAAAUCUGCUGCAAGUGUGGGUCUCCGCCUUCCUGAAGUUUAUCAGUCUUGAAAGUUGCACUGGUAUCACGUCAAUGGUGGUUUUCAGAUGAUUCUACAAGGCUGGGGGCUGAAAAUUAACACCGUAGCCUGGAUUUGGAUAAGCGAAUAGACGAUAACAUUGACUUGGGAAGAACCUCCUCCCCAUUCAAGGUGCUGAAAACCUUGCCAAAAGCAAAUAAAUUGAGCAGUAUCCCUGGAUAUUCUGUCAUGGGGUGUUAAUUUUGGUCUUAAAUUAUUUAUCGUUGAUUUGACAAGCUUCCAUUAAUAAUAUGUUCACCAGAGUGCCGAAAUUCUUUUUGCAGAUUAUGCAAUUUUAUCUCUGUUCAUAUUAUUUUGUGGGAAGUUGGGAAAACAAUCUAAACUUAUAGAGUACUAGUAACCGAUAGCCAUAUGCUAAAUAUUAGACUAUAAUUUUUGGGAUCUUCGUGCAGAUAUACGGUUAUUGUUU